AUGCUUGCGACGGGGAAGGCACAGUGGACGACCGUAUGCCGCGUGGUGGCGCUAUUGGCCCUGUGCGUGCCCGGCGAGACUUCCGUGGUGGUGCGCGAGAGUAGUGACGACGCAUUCAGCAGCCUUGUCCAUCCCGACGUUCACCAGCACAGCGCCGUCCGCACGAGCGCGAAGGACCCUGCCUCGAUCGAGGGUGGCUGGGACGCCAACUUCGGCGUCACCGUGGAUGGCUCCUCCAACGUGUUGAGCUGGUGGGAUACGACUGGCAAGGGCUACGAUGUGGCGCCGAUGUACAACACUGGAGCCCCGAUGUACAGCAGCACUGGCAUUAACGGCCACCCCGCAGUCCACUUCGAGAACAACGAGCACCUGGUGUCCACGCAGACGCACCCCAGCGCCUGCACCCCCGACACUUCGUACACAUGGAUUGCUGUGGUGAAGAUGGAAGGCACAGGCUGGGAAAACAUCUUCAGCACUCAGGAUGCCUGCGCUCAGCACUUGAAUGAUUAUUUAAUCAGGGGUUUUUGCAUACGGCUCCGUCUACCAGAUGCAGCCGCGCUCCGUGGCCAGGGGCACGGCCGUCCUCAGCCCCUCCUGUUCCUCUUUCUCCUGCUCCCCAUCCGCAUCCUCCUCAUCCUUCCUCCAUCUACGCAUGCCUCCCCUCUUCCAUUUUCCAUUUGCCAUGUGUUUUGCCGUGUCUCGAGGCUGAUCCCCAGCCCAUCCUAG